AUGGCUGCAGAUGAUGAUUCCAAUUACUCGAGCAACGACGAGAAUGACCCUAGCUUCAUUGCUAUGCAAGCGCAACAGCGUCUCUUUCAGCUAAAGAGAGAUCGAGAUGAGCGCUUGAGCGCCUUGGUUGAGGACUCGGCGACAGCUAUGGAAGAGCUACGCAGCCGCGUUGUCGCAUACCAGAAAGAACGGCGUUCAAAGCAGGCUGACGCCUGCGCUGCAUCUGUCAUGAAGAUUGUCGAGGCCGUUGAGCGCAGAAAGGAGAUCGAGCAGCGGAUGGAAACGCUUGUUUCCAAGGUCAACGAUACAACUCGAGAGGUUGAAGACAUGAUGAAGGCAGGCUUUCGUGGGAGGGAGAAGGACAUGAAGCAAGCCAGGUGA